AUGACAGCAACACAAAAAGAUAUUCAACUAUUAAUUGAAUGUUGUAUUUGUUGUGAUUAUCUUACAGAUGUUCGUGAAACUCCAUGUUGUCAUCAAUUAUUUUGUUGUUCAUGUAUACAAUUAUGGCUUCAAACAUCAACAAAAAAUUGUCCGAGAUGUCGAUCAACAAUAUUAACAGAAGAAACUUUAACGAAAAAUAUUGUUAUUCAACGUUUCGUUGAUAAUCUACAAUUUGAUUGUCCAUAUAAAUUACAAGGUUGUCCAGCAAAAGUACCACGAUGUGAUUUAACAGAACAUAAACAAGCAUGUACAUAUUCACCAGAAAAACUCGAUAAUAAACAUCAAAAGAAGUUAGUAGAAUUACGAGCUUUAUUACGGAGAUAUAAAACAAAAAAGCCUCGUACGACUGAUAAUGAAUAUUAUGAUUUAGCAAAAUCAUUUUAUACUGAACAUGAAUUUAACGAUGCACGAGAAUGUUUACAAUUAAUUAAAGAUAAGAAAAAUUCAUCAGAAAUAAUUAUACUUGAAGCUCAAAUUGAACGAGAUGAUAGUCAUUAUGAUCAAGCAUUAGAAUUAUAUACAAAAGCUUAUUCUUUAGCGAAAUCUAUUCCUAAACGUAUUGAAAUACUCUUAGCAAAAGGAUAUUUAUAUAUUAAAAAAGCUCAAUAUGGACAAGCAAAAGAUACUUUUCAACAAGCACUUGAACUCUUAUCAGCUGACGAUCAAUCUCAAACUAAAGCGGAAAUUCUCAAUGCAUUUGGUCUUGUUGCUAAAAAAUGUUCCGAAUACGAUCAAGCUAUUACAGCAUACAAUCAAGCGCUUGAAAUUGUUGACAUACAUUCUGACUUAUGGUCUGAUAUAAUAUCUAAUCUUGCUGAUAUUCAUCGAAAGAAAGGUAAUUAUGAUGAAGCAAGAGAUCUUUAUCUUAAAUCUCUUAAUCAAAUGGAAUCUCUUUACGGACAAAAUCAUCCAUCUAUAGCUGAUAUUAUGAAUAAUCUUGGUAUGUUACUUAAGAAAGAAGGUAAAUACAAUGAAGCAUUAGAUUAUUUAAAACAUGCAAUUAAAAUUGCUAAACAUUAUUAUGGACAAGAACAUCCAACUAUUGGAAUUUAUUUAACAAAUGUUGGAGAUAUCUAUCGAAAGCAGAGUGAUUUUAAGAAAGCUGAGGCAACUUAUAAAGAAGCUUUAGCUUCAUUAGAAAAAGCAUUUGGUCCAAAUCAUAUUGAAGUUGCCGAAGUUCUUAAUUCUAUGGGUUUAGUUUUAAAAAAACGAGCUGAUUAUACAGGUGCUGAAAGUUAUUAUAAACGUGCUAUAAAAAUUGUACAUGAUACAUUUGGUCAUGAUCAAGAACAUUAUAAAUUAGGUAUUUAUUAUAAUAAUCUAGCUGAUUUAGAUCGUAAACGUAAUCGAUUUGAUUCGGCAUUACAACUUUAUCAACGUGCAUUAAAUUCUAUUGAAAAAACACUUGGUCCACAACAUUCAGAAGCAGCAGAAAUUUUACAUAAUAUUGGACAAGUUCAACAUCAGCUUGAAAAUUAUAAAGAAGCUAUUGAUUAUAUAAAUCGAGCUUUAGAUAUUAUUAAAAAAGAAUUUGGUAAUAAACAUUAUAAAUAUGGUAUGUUUCUUAAUUCUCUUGGUCUUUCAUAUGCAAUGAUGGAUGAUUAUGAAAAAGCUUAUGAAUAUAUAAAAGAAGCAUUACAAAUUCUUUUAGUUGCAUUAGGUACUGAACACAUUGAAGUUUGUGAUGUUUAUUCAAAUCUCGGUGAUAUUUGUAUGAAACUUGUUGCUGAAUCUCAUAAGAAAAAUUCCAAACAAAAUAAUAAACAAUUAAAAUUAGAUGAAGCAAAAAAAUAUUAUACACAAGCACUACGUAUUGUUCAAGCAACAUUUGGUGCUGAACAUACAAAAACGAACCAAUUUCAAUCGCUAUUAUUUAUUGUGGAUAAUUAUAAUUCGUUUUAA